UCGGUGUUUCAAAAAUUUGGAAAGGGAUUGGCUAGGUUCUCUGGAUUGAAUUUCCCCAUUGUUCUUUUUCAAAAUGAUUCCACUGAAGUCGCGGUUGCGCGAGCUGUCGAUAGAACAUCUGUGCAAAUAUGGGCUGUCGGUGGUCGAUUGCCCGUGACCAUGGAGCAGUAUGCUGAUUGCGUUCUAAGCGCCCUACCAGUGGCCUAUCAAAUGCCAGUUGAUAAUGAAACGGCAUUUCCAGAUUUUACUCCUCCUACAAAGAAGCGUUGCCAAAAGUCUGUUCAGCGCACGAAAUCUUAUUCAGAGAUGAUUGAAGCUUUUGUGAAGUCCAAUGAGACACUUUCGAAAAUUCCACCUCUUAUCUCAGUCACUGGCGGAAAUGAUCUGGAUCAGCGUCUUCGUGGCGUGGACUCUACCGACUUUACUCAUGGAUCAGGUGUUGUCCUCGACGGUUUCUUCCUUGAAUCUCUUGAUGGUGCCAGGGCCACACAUCUAGAGAAUGUUUUCACAAUCCUGAAGUCCAUUUGCGAAAAAAUUCCUCCUAAUCUUCCACGUUUCAUGGCUUCCAUAUGGCAACCAGAUGAGGUCGUUCGCGCUGUUCGUUGUGGUGUUGACAUCUUUGAUGGGUCUCUUCCUUUCCGUUUAACUCGAUCUGGUAUUGCUUGGCUCUAUACUGCAAGUAGGAAAGUCGAUGGGUCAGCUAAAUCGUGGAUUAAGUUCCCUUUUCCGCCUGAAGAAUUAAAAGAUGAGGUUUACAAACAACCUCUUUUGGAUGAUUGCCCAUGUUUUGCCUGUAAAACACAUAACAGAGGCUAUAUUUCGCAUUUACACAGUGUUGACGAAAUGCUGGCCCAUAUUCUUCUUAUGAUACACAAUUCAGUCCAGUGUUAUGCCUUCUUUGAUGAUAUGCGAAAAGCGAUUGCCGAUAACCGAUUUGAUGAAUUCGAGGCGACAGCCAAAGCACACCACUUCCCAGAGGAUUUGAUUCAAGUUGACCUUACAACUAAAAGCGGGCAAAUUAACGACGCUUGA